AUGGCUGGCUUAUGCAAGGAUGUCGAAUCGCAUUUUUUGGCGAACGAUCUAGAAGCGUGCAGAAGUGUGAUUGGCCGGAUCUUCCGCAACAUCGGGGAGUCUUCGAGUAGCAACCAGCAGAGCAGCCGUGACUGGUUCGUUUACUGCGGAGGUGACACCCUCUUCAUCCGCAUUCUCUCCUCGCCGUUCGCGAAUUCUCGCGAAACAGGUCGCGAAGGAAGCUCCACGGCACUUACCGCGGGAGCAGCAGCGGGAUCUGACGGAGGGGGAAGGGUUGGGGGGGGAUCGCGGAACCGCCGUGGGAUUUUCCGCACGGAGAGCGCGGAGGGAUCGCGGGAGUCGGGGACGCUACGAGAGGGGGAGACGUCGCGCGAGGAGACGGCGCUGUGGAUGAUGCGCAACGACUGCCUGGCGGUGCUGCGCGAGAUGUGCUUCGCGUCCGCGUGCUUCUCCGAGGGGCUGUCCGUGCAGCGCCAGUUCCUCAUCCGCCUCUUCGCGCUCAUGGAGAAUAAGAUCACAUUCGACUACGGUACGCACCAUGGAUGGACAGUGCGCGUCGCAUGCCGGCCAGCGACACUUCUUCGUUCCCGUCUCUCGUUUCUCUGCCCAUCUGAUUCGUUGCUCUUUCUAGCUCUUCGUGCAUCUCGUCUUGAGCUCGUUCUAUGCUUUCCCCGCUUGCGUCCUCCCCUCUACCCCGUCACAGCCGUCGCGCUAGCGGAGGAGAUCCUGGCGGUGGGGGAGGAGACGCUGAAUCUGGGGUCGGUGCCCAACUUCGCGCGCCUGGUGCGCGGGCUGUCGGCGCGGCAGCUCUCCUUCUUCUGCCGCGUGCUCGCCAUGGUCGUCUUCGAACCCGAGGACCGCGCGCCCGAGGUCUCCGCGCUGCAGAAGGGCGCGGACCCGGCGGAGCGCGUGGAGCGGGAGGCGGAGUGGGCGGUGGCGGACGGCAACCACGACGUUCUGCUGGCCAUCCCCGACAUCCUCGCCAACCUCGUCAAGCUGCUGCAGAUGGAGAGCAGCGGCGAGGCGGACCUGUGGUCGCCCAGCCUGAGCGAGUGGCAGCCGCUGCUGGGCGACCUCAUGGCUGGGGAAGACGAGACCGCUGCCGACUGGGGGCCUGAAGAGGACGACGAAGAGGACUAUAACGAGGACGGGGAGGAGUACGAGGAGGAAGAGGAGCAGGAGGAGGAUGAGGAGGUGGAGGAGGAGGUUGAGGAGGUGGAGGAGGAGGUUGAUAUGGAGGGUGAGUUGCUGGAGGAGGACGAGGAUGUGGAGGCAGAGGCAGAGGGGGAGGGAGAGGGAGAGGAGGGGGAGGAAGGGGAAGGGUCUGGGUUCUACGAGGAUGUUGAGGAGGAGAUCGCAGGGGAGGACGACGAGGAGGGCGGAGAAGGGGAGGAGAGACGGGAAGAGGGGGAAGUAGAGGAGGGGGAGGAAGUGCAUGGAGGGGGGAGCAGGAGUGGGGGCGAGCGGCAGGGGACCAGGUUGGGGAGGCUUUUGGGUGGAGGAGAUGGUGUGGAGAGGUCGGGAGGUGCGAGAGAGAGGAGGGAGAGCGCGGGUGGGGGUGCGGCUGCGGGCGCGAUUCAUUUCAUCCAGGGCUUGUUCGGCUGGGGGACCGGCGAUGCUGGUACCAGCACCCAUAGCACUGGCGGUGGCAGUGGCGGUAAUGGGGGAGGGAGGGAGGCGGAAGGAAGUGGGGGGGGCAGAGGCGCGGCACAAGGUGCUUCGGAGAGCGCUGGCGCAGUGGGGGGCGGCGGAGAUGGCGGGGCGGAGGCCUCUGGCGCGGCAGCCAGGCAGGCGGGCAGGGGGAAUCUCUGGGGAGGGUUUGGGCUGUUUGGGGGCAUAGGGGGACUUCGUCCAGGGGGAACAGGCGGAGGAGGAGGAGCAGCGCGGGAGGGAAGAGGAGGCGCAGGGGAAGGAGGUGAGGAGCAGGAGCCUGGUCCAGAUGGCGGUGGUGGUGCUGUGGCUGUGAGUCAACGGCGAACUGGUGCUGCUGUGCCUGUGGCAGGAGUGGCACCACGCGGAGCAGCAGAUACCACCCAAGGGCCCUUCUCCCCGCGUUCGCCGCCUGUUGCCGCUCCUCCGCCCCGCAUGCCACCCCUGCUUCCCCCCUCCCCCCAUGCCGCUGUGCUGCCCUUCUCCCCCCAUCCUACCCUCCUUACAGGAACCUCCACCUCACCGCCUCGACCGCCCCCCAACCGCACUCCACCCACUGCAACCCAACCGGGAGCGCUUCCCCAAGUGAAUACUACAGGCAUUCCAAUGACCGCCAAUCCCCUGAACCUGCUCCCACUCACCGCGCCUGCCAACCCCGCCGCUGCUGCAACCGCCGCGGAGGCAGCAGGAGCGGGCAUCCCCGCGGGCGCGCGGGUGAUGGUGUUCGUGGGGAACCCGCCGCGCCUGCUGGGGGAGGUGCCCGAGGGCGAGCUGGAGCCCUUCCUGCGCGCGCUGCCCCAGGGCGCCGUUACUGUCCUGAGGGCUGGCGAAAUCGGGUUACCAGAGGGCGCGGGGCCUGCUGCUGUGGCGACGAACAUGGCUGCUUCGUUCAUGGAGCAGCAGCAGGUGGAGGUGUUAUUCGUGCUGUGUGCGCUGUGCGGGGGCAAACGCAAGGAGGCGGUGCAGGACCAGCUGGCGGCGCUGGGGCUGGUGGGCAUCCUCGUGGACUCGUUUGACCGCCUCAACUGGUCCGCCCCGCUGCCGCCGCCCGCUGAGCCCCAUGGCAUCCACGGCCCCGGCUGCUCCUGCAACCCCGAGUCGGCCCUGAAGAUCCAGUACCUGCGUCUCAUUCACAACUUCUGUGACCGGGACGGCCCCAACCUGCACAACAAGCUGCUGCUCGCCUCGCCCGGUGGUGUACCACCGCCCCUCGCUGCUGGUACCCCACCCCUGAUUGCUGCCCCGGGUAUCGCUGCAAGUGUAAGCACCCUUGGAAGCAUGCCUGCUGGUGGUGUUGCUGCUGGUGGUGCUGGUGGUGGGGGGACCAUCAGUGGUGGCAGCAGCAGCUCCAGCGGCAGCAGCGGGGGUGUGGAUGGGAGGGUGCAGGGAAGCACGCAGGGAGAGGGAAACGCACAGGGGCGGGGACAAGGAGAGGGAGAGGGAGAGGAGCACGGGUAUGCGCUGGGGUUUGGGGCGAGCUUAGGGCGGGCGCUAGGGUUUUCACCAAACCAGUGGCUGCCUGGCUUGGGUAUCAGAGAUGGCGCAGGUGACUCUGGUGUGUUGCCCCAGGCCGUGGGAGUGGGCGCCAGCAGAGGAGAGGGAAGCAGCGCGCAAGCAGCAGCAUGUGCAACAGAAGCAGCAGCAGCAGCGGGAGCAGGUGGGGUGGUGGAGGGCGGGGCGGGCGAGGAGGGGAAGAACAAGGCGUUGAUGCUGAAGAUCAUCCGAGUGCUCAUGAAGGAGUCCGCCGACUCCGUGUACCGCUUCUGGCUCGCCUCCUGUGUCGAGGCGUUUCUCCGAGGCUCCAACCCGCGUGACCAGCAGCUGGUCGCGGCCACAGGCCUCAUGGAGCACCUCGUGGAGGAGAUUCUCCGAGGGGCGUCGGGCUUUAAGUGUGCGGCGUCCCUGCAGAUCGACUUUGACCUGCUGGGCGAGCUCGUCAAGUUCAACCCGGUGCUGUUCCGGCGGCUGGCGGCGCUGGUGCAGGGCGAGCGGUUCAGCCGGUUCAUCGAGGUGCUGGUGGCGCACCUGGUGGACUCCAACGUCUUCAUCCGCUCCGUCAUGCUCUCCCUCCACGCCUUCCGCACCGCCCUCCCCACCCCGCCCUACCUCGGCCCUUGCCCCACGCCUGCGCUCCCCCCUCCUGUGCUGUCCCCCGCCAUCCCAUCCACGUCCGCUGCGCCGUCGCUAGCAUCGUCCUCCUCAAGCCCUGCGCCUGACCUGCGGUCCUCUUCAGCUGCUUCUGCUGCUGCUUGUGGGGAAGAGGAGGCAAAGAAGGAGUCGAGAGUUGCUGCUGACGGUACUGAUGCUGAUGCUGGUGGCGGCGGGAGUGGUGGUGAUGGGGAUGGUGGCGAUGCCAACAGCAGCUCAGGCGAGGGCACAGAGAGAAGGGGCAGGGAGAGGGAAGAGGAGUCGGCUCUCAAGGGCACACCCCGUAGUGCAUCACCACGUGGGGUCGCUGAAGCAUCGUCAGCAGCAGAGGCGGCUGCAGACAGGAAGGGGAAAAAGAAGGUGGAGGAAGGGGGAAGGAGUGCAGAGAGAGGAAGUGCAUGGGAGGCGAAGGGGAAGGCAAAGGGGAAGGGGGUGAUGGGGGAGGGGUCGGCGGUGGUGGGGGAGGAGGAGGAGGAGUUGGCAUCGCCCCUGGCGGCGUUCAUGGAGUGCAACUCGGUGCUGCUGCUGCGCGACCUCAUGCUCGUCGUGCGCCUGGGCGACAUCAACCAGGACAACAUCUGUGUGCUGAACACGGCACUCAUCUUCUUCAUCUUCGCCAAUCGCAACGCGCAGCUCCUCUCUCUGCUCUCCGCCCUCCGAGCCGCCGACAAGGCCCAGCCUGCAUCACUUGCCGCUUCCACCACCCUCCUCCAACCCUCCUCCCCUUCCUCUCCUGCUAACCCGUCCUCCCCUUCUCCACCCUCCUCGCCCUCCUCGCCCUCCUCACGCUCACCCUCUUUUUUCUCCAAGCCUCCGUCCUCUGCUCUCAUCAACCCCUCUCUGCUGCCUGACCCGGUUUCUUCCAACUCUGAAGAUUUGUCCACCGGGGUCGGCCCGGGGAGCGUGAUGAAAAACUUUCGGGCGCUGCUGGACUUUUGGCGGGAGUAUUAUCUGAGGAAGAGGGGCAGGGACUGUGCCAGCCUGCAGUUCUCCACCAACAUUCCCUUCACCGAGUGGCUCCGAGUGGUGGAGAUGCUUUGUGCCUCGCCCGACUGCCCGACCUCGCUUCUGUACUGCCCGCCUCUGCCCGCUAGUGGCUCGCAGUGCUCCUCUGUUGGCCUCAGGGUUGACCCCCCUCCCCGACGGUGCUGA